GUGUCAUAUCAGUGAGUUUGAUUUCAGUACAAGUCUCGACCGUAAUCUGAAAAAAUCGACUGAAAAUUUAAUAGUGAAUUUCAUAAUUUUUGAAAUAAACAUCUGUUAUAGAACAUUGGAAAGCUUGUUCUCUGUUCUCUCUCCUGAACGCGAGAACAAUGCCAGAUAGUGAAUCCGGGAGAGUGGAGAGUGUGAAGGAUAGAAGAAAAAGAUUAGUAAAGCAGACAUGCCUCGUGGCCCUCGCCAGCCUCGGUCACCUGGCCAUCGGGAGCAACAUAACCUUCCCUUCCGUGGCCGUGAGUGACCUCGAACGCUGCAACACGACCAUCACGGGAGGUCAACUCGCCCUCACGGACACGGAAAAGGAUAUGAUGGGGAGUCUGGUGUCCCUGGGGUCCCUCCCGGGGGCGUGGCUGGCGGGGAUCCUCAUGGCCGUGAUUGGGCGGCGCUAUUCCAUGAUCCUCUCGGGCGUGGUCUGCUUCGCGUCGUGGGUGGGCGUGGCUCUCCUGCCCACGCCCACUUCGCUGCUCGUGGCCAGAGCCGUGGCAGGCAUCGCGAGCGGCAGCAUGUCCGUGGCAGGAAACACGUACGCGGUCGAGAUGGCGGACGUCGAGAUCCGCGGCGCCAUGGCCCUAAUCCCCACCGUCACCCUCAUGCUCGGCCAGGUGCUCACGGUGGUCGUAGGCUACGUGGCCAGGUACUACGUGGUGGCCCUGGUGUGCUCGGCGAUCCCCCUGGCCUACGUGGUGGCCAUGGUCCUGCUCCCCGAGUCCCCGGCCUUCCUCGCGGUCAAAGGACACGAGAAGCGAGCUCGGAAGACGCUGCUGAGACUGCGAGGCGAGCACGCUGAUGUCGACGCUGAGAUAGAGGUGAGCAUAGGAGGGGAGGGAGGAAUGGGGUUCCGCGAUGACGCCGGCGCCGAGGGCGGGUCCCUCUGGCGGGGACUCCUGAAGGCGGACGUGGCGAGGGCCCUGGGCGCCGUCUGCGGGCUAUUCCUCGUGCAGGCCUUCACGGGCUACUUCGUGUUCACGGUGAACGCGUCCCGCUUCUUCAAAGAGGCGGGCUCCUCCGUCGACGAGGACCUGGCGGCCAUCAUCGUCAUGGUCGUCCAGUUCCUGGUGAAGAUUAUCGCAUCGCUCCUCAUGGACCGCAUCGGCAGGAGGAUGAGCCUGUUCGUGUCCUUCGCCAUGAUGGUUCCUUUCCUCAUAGUCAUGUCGGUCUAUGUUGGGCUGACGGACUCGGACGUGAGUGGGCGGACUCUCAGGUAA